GACAACAAGCUAUUGAGUAAAGCCAUUUAAUUUUAAUCAGGUGAUGGUACAUGGAAAUAUUCUAAACCUGUAGAACCGCAUAAGGAAAGUGAGUUUCAGUUGCUCUUGAUCACUGCUCCUAACCACUGCUUUGACUUCAACCAGACAACGUGGCUGUUAAAGGAUCACGUAUACUGGCUGAGACUUAAAUCCAUCAGAACAUCAUGACCCGACUUUGCUGGCUCAUUCAGUUUGUGUCAGUGAGCUUCUUGUGGACGGGUUCUUAUUUUUCAUCAGCAGCAGACUCCACGUGGUAUCAAGUGGGACCCACAGAUUGUUUUCAGAAAAAUCUAUGUUUGGUUGUUCCUGAUAACUUCUACGGCUUCAUCAGUGCAUCACUUUGGAACAACAGCAGAGGAGACUACUGCAUAAUAUUUCUGCAGAAAAACAAAACUAUAUGGAAAACCCUGUGGAAAAACUGGCCUCAAGUAGAGAACGUGAAUGGUUUUUUCCAGCUUGACAUUCCAAAAAACCUGGCCCAAAAGGAUGGCUUGAAUAUAACUUGGUAUACUCAUCAGAACUGCACAACAAAAUCUUCAGACCAGUGCAAGAAUCAGACUGUGCAAACAAGCAUCUGUACCAAGUCAACGUAUGAUGACGCAUCCUGCAAUACAACAAGUUUCAAUGACAAGUAUAUAAUAAACAUGACGGGAAAAUGUGUCAACUGUGACAAUCCAGUGAAAGGGCCGGAUGAGAAAAUACAACUGAACGGAAUUCUAAAUAUAUCUGCAUCUGAGCAUGGAGAAGUCAAUGCAAAUCAAGCUAAUGAAUUAUUAAAGGGCAUGGACAACAUUGUUUCAAAAAUGAAUGGAACAUCAGCUUCAUUAUCAUUAGGACCAGAAAUUGAAGGAAUCCUAGUGAAAAAUACAAACCCCAAAGAUGAGGGUGAAAUGUCUUUUGCCUAUAACUCUGACGCUGAUGACCUAAAAAUUAUAGGAGAUAGAAACAAGCUGGGUGGAUUUUCAAGAACUGUCACAGUGUCAAAAGAAGCUUUUAUAAAGGCUAUGGGACCAAACUCCUCUACAUCAUUUGCAGCUGUCUUUCGAUUCUUAAAUCUGACUAAGGAUGAAGCCAACAGCACCAUUUUAGGUGAUGAAGUUGUAGCAAUUGAGAUGGGAGAAGCCAUUAAGAAUCUUACUGACAAAAUAAACAUCACUUUCAACAAAUUUAAAUAUAAUGGGAUUCCACAAUGUCAGUCUUGGAAUGGUACAGGAGGUAAACCAAACUGGACAGAUGAAGGAUGUGAAACUAUUACAAACGAAGGCAACAUUAUAUGCCAGUGUUCACAUUUGACAUUCUUUGCUAUUUUAUUGACCCCUCUUAAUGAAACCAUCUCAAGUUCAGACUUGAACACACUUACCAUCAUCACACAAACCGGUUGUGGCUUGUCCAUGUUCUUCCUUGCCGCGAUGUUCUUCAGGCACUUCCUUUUAAGGAAGACUAAGGCUGGUAAAGCCACAAUGAUCCUCAUCCAACUGGCCAUGUCCAUGUUCCUGCUGAACUUUACCUUCCUGAUAAACAGCUUUGUAGCAGGCCUAAAGAACUCUGUGGGUUGUACGAUCAUGGCGGCUGUCAUGCACUACUCUAUGCUGGCCACCUUCAGCUGGUUUGCUGCGCAGGCCGUCCAUCUCUGGUUGCAGAUAUACAAGGGGGGAAGAAUUGUAAUCCAACACUACAUACUCAAAAUCUCGGUUCUUACCUGGUUACUACCGGGUACGAUUGCAAUUGUCCUGCUCAUCUUAGGAAAAUACGGUGAACAGACCAUCUCUGCUGAUGACCCUAAAAACAAUGCGGCUAUGUGCUGGAUAAAUGACAAUGCCGUCCACUACAUUGUCGACAUAGGCUACUAUGUGUUGGUCUUCCUCGUCACCUUCUCUACGGCCAUCUUCAUCAUAACCUGGCUUUUUUGGCUCAAGAGAUCCAAAACGAGUGGCACACAAGAAAGCCAAACUGGCAAAAAUAUCGUAAUUAUCCUGGGCCUGUGUUGUGUGCUGGGUAUCACAUGGGGUUUUGCCUUUUUGGCCUAUGGUGCCUUCCGUUUGCCUGCCCUCUACAUUUUCACAAUCCUCAAUUCUUUCCAAGGUUUCUUUUUGUUCAUCUACUACUACAAAACCAGCCAUGCAGGUGGGACAAAUGCCAGUGAGAGCAACCACAAGAACUUACAGAGCACCAGCAGCACCAGCACCCUUAAUACAUUUAUGGAUACCUUUGAGAAUCCCUAUGAGAACUCUUCCUCUAAAAAGAAAUAAGAGGUGGAC